AUGAUGGGUGAGCGAAAUCGCCUGGAAGAGCUUCAGCAAGGCCGCUCGCUUCACUCCGAGCCAAUCUCGCAACACGAUGAUAUCGAAACUGGGCUGACAUCCGAUCAGGAUGCGGUGCUAGCCAAGUUCAAUCGUGAAGCGGCGGCUAUUGACAAGGUACAUGCCUGGGCCGAAGACUCGAUUCGUGCCAUCAAAGACUCCAUUCAAGGUGCUACGACUAAUGGAGACGCUCUCAAAUCAAUUGGCGAUAAGUUGAACGUCGUAGAGGAAAAGCUCGGCGCUGUUCGCAAGCGCUUGAAGCGUAUCGCGGGUGAGAACAAGGAACUCUCCGAAAAGAAAUCUGGCGUUCCUUCGUCUCUGCGUAUUCGAGUGUCUCGAUACACCAAGCUCGGAAAGGACUUUAUGGCAGUCACCUCGAAGCUCGAAGCAACCAGAGAGGCUCACAAGGAAGCUGUCACUAGAACAAUGAAACAGGAAAUUUUGGCUGUAAACCCGUCUGUUUCAGAGACGCAAGUUGAUCGCGCACUAGAGAGUGGUUCCGGCCUGGAAUCAGUUUUGGAAUCUGGCAAUUCCAACCUCAGAUACCAAAUCGAGGAUCUGCAAUCAAGAAACAGGGAUAUCCAGAAGCUUUCGAAAAGCAUUAUCGACUUGCAUCAAAUGUUCACGGACAUGGGCAUUCUCGUCGAAGGCCAACAGGAACUCAUUAACGACAUUGAAUACAAUGUCGAACAGGUGAAGACCGACACCAAGAAGGGUGCUGAAGAGUUGGUCGUAGCUCGAAAGCAUCAAAAAUCUGCUCGAAAGAAGAAAAUGUGCAUCUGCAUCAUCAUCACGAUUGUUUUGGGCGGUGGGGCUGCUGGUAUCAUUAUUUGGCUCGGCCUUAAAAACGGUUGGUUCUCUGGUGGUGAUUCAAAUGAUACUGAACCUACUCCCACUCCAAUUCCGACACCAAGCGGCACCGUCCGAAGGGGGAAUCAUUAUUUUGGCAAUCCGUCCCCGGAUCACUUUGUGUUUAAAUGGCGUGAUUAG